UAGACAGCUUGGUAUGAACUGGCAUCUCUGUCUUCUCAUGCAACUUAGGCCGAUUCUUCUUCUUUCAUCUUCAUCUUUGCUUCAUUCAUUCUCCUUCCUUCUCUCACAAAUCCAGAACCUCUCUCUCUCUCUCUCUCUCUACAUUUGCCUCUUUCUCUCCUUCCUUAGGUGUUUUUAUGACAGUGAUGUUGUUUAUCUACAUUCCCCUUUUGACUCCUUUCUCCACUCGCCAUUAAACUAACACUCGCCUUUCCAACUUUUGGAUUUUAGAUUUACUUCUUUCUGCCGCAAAUCCAUCUUCUCUGUAAUGGGUUUCUUCAGAUUUACAGAAAUGCUGCUAAUUUGAACACAAGGGAUCUAUCUAGAUUUGGGUUUUCUUUUUCAGUCAAAGAUUCUUCCAAUGCCGCAAUAAAUAGUGAAGUAGAACCCGUGAUUCUUACUCUGUAUUUGGACGAAUCAAGAAUGGAAGAAAAUUUUGUGCCAUUUGGAGGAAUCAAGAAUGAUCUUCGAGGGAGAUUGAUGUGUUAUAAGCAAGAUUGGACUGGUGGGCUUAAGGCAGGUUUCAGGAUAUUGGCUCCUACUACUUACAUAUUCUUUGCUUCUGCAAUUCCAGUUAUCUCAUUUGGUGAACAAUUGGAGAGAGAUACAGAUGGGUUGUUGACAGCAGUUCAAACACUGGCUUCAACUGCACUAUGUGGGAUUAUACACUCAGUUAUUGGUGGUCAGCCAUUGUUGAUUCUUGGUGUUGCAGAACCAACAGUGCUUAUGUACACUUUCAUGUUUAACUUUGCCAAAAGUAGGCCUGAUCUUGGAUCAAAACUGUUUCUAGCAUGGACAGGAUGGGUAUGCGUUUGGACUGCACUUCUUCUAAUUCUUUUGGCGAUUCUCGGAGCCUGUUCUAUUAUCAACAAGUUUACUCGAAUAGCUGGUGAGCUCUUUGGUAUGCUCAUUGCAAUGCUUUUUAUGCAAGAAGCAAUAAAGGGACUUGUGAAUGAGUUUCGAAUACCCGAGAGAGAAAAUCCAAAGCUAGCGGAGUUCCAAUCUUCAUGGAGGUUUGGAAAUGGCAUGUUUGCUUUGGUUCUUUCGUUUGGUCUUCUCCUCACUGCUUUAAAAAGCCGAAAGGCAAGAUCAUGGCAAUACGGCUCUGGUUGGCUUCGCGGAAUAAUAGCGGAUUAUGGCGUUCCAUUGAUGGUUCUUGUUUGGACAGCGGUUUCUUAUAUUCCAUCGUCUGGAGAUAUUCCACAUGGAAUUCCUCGUCGUCUUUUCAGCCCUAAUCCAUGGUCUCAAGGAGCUUACCAGAAUUGGACUGUCAUCAAGGAUAUGCUAAACGUACCGGUUAUCUACAUAAUCGGAGCUUUUAUUCCAGCAACGAUGAUGGCUGUUCUCUAUUAUUUCGAUCAUAGUGUGGCAUCGCAAUUAGCCCAACAGAAAGAGUUCAAUCUUCGAAAGCCUCCUUCUUUCCAUUACGAUUUGCUUCUUCUUGGAUUCUUGGUUAUCUUUUGCGGUCUUCUUGGAAUUCCUCCUGCAAAUGGUGUCAUUCCACAAUCCCCAAUGCAUACCAAGAGUUUAGCUACACUCAAACAUCAGCUUAUGAGGAAUCGACUGGUGGUGGCGGCCAGGAAAUGUUUAAGUAAAAAUGAAAGCUUGGAACAAGUUUAUGGAACAAUGCAAGAAGCCUAUCAACAUAUGCAGACUCCAUUGGUUUAUCAGGAACCAUCAACCAUAGGACGGCUCAAGGAAUUGAAAGAGUCGACGACAAUUGAGUUUGUGGAAAACGAGAUAGACAACAUACUGCCAGUUGAAGUGAAAGAACAAAGAGUUAGUAACUUGCUUCAGUCUUUAAUGGUAGGAGGUUGUGUUGCAGCCAUGCCCUUAAUUAAAAAGAUACCAACAUCGGUUCUCUGGGGCUAUUUUGCUUUCAUGGCCAUCGAGAGUCUUCCUGGAAACCAGUUUUGGGAGCGGGUUUUGUUGGUUUUUACUGCUCCAUCAAGAAGAUACAAGGUUUUGGAGGAGUUCCACGCCACGUUUGUGGAAACGGUUCCGUUCAGGACAAUCGCGAUGUUUACGCUCUUCCAGGCAGUUUACUUGCUCAUAUGUUUUGGAAUCACAUGGAUCCCUAUUGCUGGCGUUUUGUUCCCUUUGAUGAUUAUGCUUCUAGUACCAGUUAGGCAGUACUUAUUGCCCAAGUUCUUUAAAGGAGCACAUCUUCAAGAUCUUGAUGCUGCAGAAUUCGAAGAAGUUCCUGCUAUACCCUUAUACCUCGAAAACGAGGAAGAGAUGAGUUCUAGUGCUUCGUUUGGUAAAAGCAGGGAGAUUUUAGACGAGGUGAUAACUAGAAGUCGAGGUGAGAUUAAGCGUAUUUACAGUCCAAAGGUUCACAGUAGGUCGUCAACGCCAUCAAAGGAUUUCUCAAGCUUUCACAGCCCGGGUUCAGACAGUAUUUACAGUCCCCGCAUAGGCGAGCUAAGAGGUGGACAAAGUCCAAGACAUUUUGUACGAGGAUUGUCGAAUGAAGGAGGAAGAAUUUCGAACCUAGGAAGAAAUAGUCAAUCUUCAGACAAGUUUUACGGAAGAAGUCAAUCAGCUCUUUGAUGAUUGCAGCAGCCAGCCAUUAACUGCUGUUUCUUCUACCUGUCAUUUUAAAGAAGGGCAAAUGCUUCAGAUUGGUGUAUCUUAGAGUUUAAUAGCAAUACAAGUACCUGGUCUUUGAUGUUCUUUUAUCUAUACCAUAAAUCUAUCAUUUCCAUUGAACUCCACCACCAGCUGGGAAUGAAUGAAUGAAUGAAUGAGCAAAAAAACGAAUGUACCCUAACCCACCACAAUCAAUGAAUGUAAUUUGCAUUCUUUUAGUUUGAGAUCUCAAACACUAAUCUAAAAACAAACAAAUAUCAUUAUUUUGUA